GUGAACGGGACAUUGUAUCCCAACCAUCAUCCCUCGGUGGCGCGUGGUCCCCCGAACCCAGAGAAGGACGCUGUGUGGAAUGAGUGGGAGAUAACCCGAGUAUUUGCCAUUACAGCAGAUCAGAUUCGCGGGAUGGGGAAAGACCCUACGACAGCCACUAAGCUUGAAGACGAGAUUUACGGUCUUGGCGAUGAUGCUUAUGCCUCUACGUUCGACAUAUACCAUCAGCUGCACUGCUUAAACAUGUUGCGCAAACUCGUCUAUCCGGAAUAUUACCCUAACGCAAGAAUGCAAUUCCCGCACGCUCAAGACCCUAAAGUCAUGUUUGAGAUCCACAUGGAUCACUGUAUCGACAUGUUGAUGCAGACAAUCCAGUGCAGCGGUAACCUCAACCUUAUUACAAUGCAUUGGGUCAACGAGGAAGCAAUUCCCUUCCCUGACAUGAGCAUCAACAAGCAAUGCGUUGCAGAUUUCGAUGCACUGACGCAGUGGCGGAAGGAACACCAGGUGGACCCAGUAAAAUACGUCAAGAUGAGUAGGAGUUCCCGGCGAGAGGAUAUCCUAUGUACGCACGUGCUAACUGUAUGGUUCUAG